CACCGCCAAUCAAACGAGCCGGGAGCGAGGCCCGCGCGCGGCGCGACCUUUACGACGAUCGACGAAAACGAAGUGUGCCGCGGAACAGUUGAAUAUCAGCGCCGCGCGUUGCACAGCCGACUGAGCCGCGGCAAGAAGUCGAAGGUGAUCAAGAGCACCGCUUCAGGUAGACCGCGGGCAACGCGAGGUCUCGAUGACGCGAAAUAACGUAACGUAAACAGUGGGGGAGGACGCAGCCUCAAAAAUGGAAAAUCAGGAAAGUAUAUCCAAGAAAACCAGGGUGGAUCUACAAUCAUUACCAACCAGACAAUACCUGGACCAAACUGUUGUGCCUAUUCUAAUGUCUGGUCUCGCGUAUCUAUCCAAAGAAAGACCUCCCGAGCCUGUAGUGGCUCUAGCAAAAUACCUGUUGAAGAACAAGUCCACAUUGGAAACUGGGACCAUAACUGAGAAUGUUUCACAAAACAUCGAGUCAACCACUGAAGGAAAAAUAAAUUGUGAUAAGUAAUCUGUAUUUAUUGUACCAAAUGAGUAAUAUAAAUAUUUGUAAGUUAAUAGUAUUUAUCUAAG